UCGGAGAAGAUAGCCAGAGUGAAUUUACCAUUCUUGCUCAUUCUCUGAGCCAAUGACUGUAUUUUACACGUGAAGCUCUGAGCACGUGGUUGGAGUUACUAUGGUAACAACAUCAAGUAGCUAGUGUUUAUGUAUCCUCUACUACCUACUAGCUAGCAAUCCUGCCUCCUAUCUACAAUGGCUGAAAUGUCUGCUAUGAAUAGAAAAUUGAUUCAGAAUCUCGCUGAAACUCUUUCUAAACAAGUCAAACACUUUAACAAAACAGAAGCGGAGUGUCUGAUCCGACUAUUCAAUGGACUCCUGGGGGAUCAGAGUGACAGGAGGGUAGGGAAUGGUCUGGACAGAGGGAAAUUCAGGAAUAUUUUGCACAACACCUUUGGAAUGACUGAUGAUAUGAUCAUGGAUAGAGUCUUUCGCGCAUUUGACAAGGACAACGACAGCUACGUCAGUGUGAAAGAGUGGAUUGAGGGACUGUCAGUCUUUCUCCGUGGGACAUUGGAGGAAAAAAUAAAGUACAGCUUUGAUGUGUAUGACUUGAAUGGAGAUGGGUACAUUUCCCGGGAAGAGAUGUUCCACAUGCUGAAGAACAGCCUGAUCAGACAGCCCACAGAGGAGGACCCAGACGAGGGCAUCAAAGACCUGGUGGAGAUCACACUCAAGAAGAUGGACCAUGACCAUGACAGCAGACUGUCCUAUGCAGACUUUGAAAAGGCAGUGAGAGAUGAGAAUCUAUUGCUUGAGGCUUUUGGAACCUGCCUUCCCGAUGCCAAGACCAUAUUGGCAUUUGAGCAGCAUGCAUUCCAGGAUCCACUUGAGCGUUAAGGACAUCACUAAAUUUUAUUAACAAAAAACUGCUCAUACACUGAUGGGAAAUGUAUAAAUAAAACAUGUUGAGAAAAUA